CCCAAACCAUUUGGUGAUUCUGUGAUGCCAGAGUUGUGGAAUAUGGAGUUGGGGCUCCUGGGGCACCUUGCUCCAGAUGUCCCCAAGGGACCCCACUGUUGGUGGGACUCGCCCUGUGCCCCAGUGCUGGGUGAUGGUGGGUCCACGUGCACAGCCUGGGCAGAGGCCAUGCAGACUCGGGGGCGUUCCAGCAAAACUGCUGAGUGUUGCCUUCCCUGCCACGAAAGAGCCAGAGCAGCUUGAACUAAAUCGGAUCCUGCUGAUUGGAAUUAGUUCAAAUGCAGAUGGAGCUAACUAAGCCGGCGCUAAGCGUUGGACAGCCCAGCGCCCAAUUCCCAUCAGCUGAUUCAGGGGCUUUUCGGAGCGGCAUUAGCGAAAUGCCACCGUGGCACAGAUGCCCAUUGUGCCAGGCGCCCACCCGCUCGCCCACGGGCCCUCUGGGGCUUGGGGCUCCCAGCAGGGUGUUGGGGUGGACAGACGGACACUGUUCUGGGGUCGUGGCACCAGAGCCUCCCAGGUUCUGAGCGUGCCUGUGAAGGUGGGGCGAGGAGCAGCGUAGCUGUCGGGAAAAUCAUCUGGGCUGCGAGACGCCGGGAGACGGGGGCAGCAGCAGGGGCUGAAUUAAUCUGUGCCUUUAUUCAGUUUGGCGUGUGGCUCCCGCGCCUCUCCCGCCUGCUGCCGCUGAUGAUCCCAGCCCAGGGUGGGGAUGGCUCCAGGAGGGAGCUGGGCUGUGCGUGGCAGGGCACAGAAUCGUGGGGACAACCUGUGCCAGCAUGGAGGUGUCCCCAGGGCUCUGCUGGGCCCUCAGGGUGCCCUCAGCUCCUGUGGCAGGCUGCAUCCACACCGUCCCUGUGCCAGCACGUGGGUUUGGUGACCCCCCCGGGUGCUUUCUCCUCGCUCUCAGCCCCGCGUGCCACAGGGACCAGCAGGGGCUUGAUCCAAUCCGGCAGUGGCACGAGCCACCCACGCCGCCCGUGUCCGCCAGGGACACGGGUCAGUGUCCCCGCGAGGAGCGGGUGACGUCCGCCGCUAAUCGGCCAGAUGGUGACACCCGGCGGGACGCCAGCCCCGAGGUCACCGCGGAGCUCCGGCUCAGGGCACGGGGCGGCAACGCCCGCAGGGAAGCCUGGACCAUGCUGGCCUGCCUGCAGAGGACCCAGAACCCCCCAGCCCAGCACCUCCCCUGCCCCAACAAGGCGCUGGAGCCACGCAAGUGCGAGACGGCCCCCAUGCAUUCCCCGCGCUACCCCAGCCCCGCCGAGCUGGACGCCUACGCACAGAAGGUGGCCAACAGCCCGCUGACCAUCAAGAUCUUCCCCACCAACAUCAGGGUCCCCCAGCACAAGCACCUUAACCGGACGGUGAACGGCUACGACACCACGGGGCAGAGGUACAGCCCCUACCCCCUGCACGCCGGCGGCUACCAGGGGCUGCUGGCCAUCGUCAAAGCCUCCGGCAAAAGCGUGGUGAAGAACUCGGAGGGGAAGCGGACUAAGCUCUCGCCCGCCCAGGUGGGCGUCGCUCCCUACCCCGCCUCAAGCACUUUAGCUCAAGGUCCCUCCUGCGCCGGGCAGCUGAGCUACCACGGCGGCCAGAAGCAGCUGGAGGGUCCCGUGCCCCCCAACGUGACGGUGGCGGCCUCGGUGCUGCCGCUGGCGGGCAGGAGCCUGGCCCUGCCUCCCUCCAACCUGCCCUCCAUCCAGAGCAUCAUCUACCAGAUCAAUCAGCAGUGCCAGGCGCAGGGUGCCCAGCCCGGCUGCCCGGCCGUCGUGGCAGCCCACCCCAGCCCGGCCAAGCACGGCGCCUUCGGCCCCGGCUACGGCGGCACCGUCCUGCCCGAGUGCCGCAAGGGCGCCGAGCUGCCACUGGGCUCCAACCCGGCCGCCGCCCUGGGACCCAAGGCGGGCGUUUACCCCGAGGGCAUGGACUACCUGGUGUGGCAGCAGAAGCAGCAGCAGCAGCACCUGCGAAUGUACAGCGGGGGCAGCGGCGGCGGGGGGGCCCUCAGCAAAUCCCCCGAGACGUGCGCGGGCGCCUCGCGGCCCUACGGCCUGGGCGGCGCCGCCGCCGACAAGGUGAGCUCGUCCCCCUUGAACUGCAUGCACGGCAACUUCGCGGUGGGGCAGUACUUCGCUCCGCCCUGGAACAGCAUCCUGGUGACCCCCAACAGCGACUGUUACAACCCCCCGGAGCUGGGGGCCGGGCCCCGCGAGCUGGGGGUGCCCCCGGCCGAGGGGCUGCCCAGCAAGACCCUCUGCAAUACCUCCAUCCUCAGCAGCAGCCUCCAGUCCCUGGAGUAUCUCAUCAACGACAUCCACCCGCCCUGCAUCAAGGAGCAGAUGCUGGGCAAGGGCUACGAGACCGUGUCUGUGCCAAGGCUCUUGGACCACCAGCACGCCCACAUCCGCCUGCCCGUCUACAGAUAAGGGACCGAUGCUGCUCUUCCCAAACCCAGGGCGAGGACUUUGGCGCGAGCCGCGGGCACCGGACCGCGGCGGCGAGGGCGGGGGGACAGGGAGGGGGACGCGGGGUCGGCUGCCGAAAGGGCUCCCGGGACACUGGCGUUGCACCGGGGUCCCCAGACUGGACACACCCGCGACCCGCUGGAAGCCGAGGCCGAAGGACCGCUUGUCUAUAUAGCUCAGAAAUCAUUUUAUCUCCACGAAUGUGAACAGGGAAUUGCUACGAGUUGCUGCUAUCCAGGGAGGGGAGGCUCUGCUGCGCUGGCGGUGCCCAGAGCGGGGCAGAGCCCGGUGCUGUGCCCGGCCGGGAGGCUCCAGGGUGGGUCUGGGAGGCUCCGUGGUGGCCAGGGCUGAGCUGGCAGCUGUCCAGGAGGCUCCACAGUGGCCGGUCCUGGCACGGCAGUGGCUGGGAGGCUCCGUGGUGGCCAGUGCCAGCCUAGUGGUGGCCGGUCCCAGCCCAGCGUGUGGCCGGUGCGUGGCCGCAGGGAGCUGGCGCCUGACCUGUAGCUGAAGUCCGUAACUUGCACUGCUUUGAUUAAAGCUAAUAACUGGGGACAGUCUGGAGGCUAUUUAAGAAAAACACUUGAAAACUUGAACAGAUUUUUUGGUUUUUUUAAUUUUUUUUUUUUUUUUUAGUUAACUAGGCUGUACAUCUAUGUGUUGGCUGCUACAGAGUCUCCUCCCACCCCUCUUCCUCCUCAUCCUCCUCCUCUCGCCCGGCCCCACAGUGGCCACGGCUCCUAUUCCCACUCUACCAGGAGGUUCGGGACCCCCUCAGCCCCUCUCUCCUGGGAACCCCUGGCUCUCACACUUCCAGGCUGUUUUAUUUCCUCCCUUACUGUCAGUUCUACCUUGGUUCUGGGUCGCGGUACUGGGGCGCUCACAUACCUCCUUUUUUUUCUCUUUUUUUUUUUUUUUAAAAAAAACUAAAACCCAAACAAUUCCAAAAUUAUUAUGGUCCGUUAUUCACUCUGUGUAAUUCUGUGUUUAAUAGAUUUGUUCAUUUACAAAAGGCUCCUCACCACGGAAUACAAAGUGUUUUGAUGUUUAAAGGUAAAAGAAGAAUAAUAUCCCGAUGAAACCCAAGGCGAUUGUGCUCGGAAAAGAGGUACUGUAUCCCUGAAAGCCUGUUCAAGCACUAAGUGCAUUUACAAAUCUCUGAGAAUGUUUUUUUUUUAUACUAAAAUUGACCAUUAUAUUCUACUGUGAGAAGUGCUGGCUGCACUAUAUUGUUUUAAAAAUGAGAAAACAAAAUGAAAAAAAAAAGAAAAAAAAAAAAGAAAAAAAAAACCAACACAAAACCCGCAAGCCGUGUGUCCGGAUGGUGUUUUUCCCAAAGUAAAACCAGGAUCUCGCUGGA